CCAGCUGAUCUGGCAAUCAAGGCGAUCUUGCUAACAACAUCAGCCAGCAACUCUGGGAAAGCUACCGCACCCUGUCAUCUUAUCUGCACUCUUUGUUAACCUACAGCAGAUAGAAGACCACUGAAUUUUGGCAACAUGCCCCUUGGGUGAAGAUUCGGGUCUCGUACCCUCCGCGGAUUCAGUUUUGCAUAAGGCCAUAACUAAGUGGCCUACUACGUUGUUCGGUUUGCUUAGCCAGCUGAGUAGCCUUGGGGGACUGCAACGUUACUUAACAACAACUAAAAAAUAUUGGUGAAUAUGAUGGAUACUCAAAGAAUGGUCAGAUGGCCCCGGAAUUAUCCGUGGCGUCCUAUGUCGCCAUAGAAUCAGCCCCUAGGGGAAUGUCUUCGUGAAGAAAAUAAGCUAUCCUAGCUAACUCGCUGGACUAGUUUCAGCAGGUACAUAGCUAGUGACAGAAGACAGGCAAACCGUCGAGACACACUAACCUAAUGCGAGGUUAGGCUACUCGGUGGCAACGGACGCAUCCUACCAUAAUAUUCAAUUAGUAGCCUAUUCCUCAAAAAGGGCAAAAUGUGGUUAAAACUGUUCUUCCUACUUCUGUACUUUCUGGUGUUGUUUGUUUUGGCACGUUUCUUUGAAGCUAUAGUAUGGUAUGAAACGGGCAUUUUUGCAACUCAACUCGUGGACCCUGUCACGUUGAGUUUUAAAAAGUUGAAAACCAUCCUGGAAUGUCGGGGAUUGGGAUACUCCGGCUUGGCAGAGAAGAAGGAUGUUAGAGAACUGGUUGAAAAGUCAGGUGAUUUGAUGCAAGGGGAACUGUAUUCUGCUAUUAAAAAUGAGAAAGAACAGCCUGGGACAGACUCAAGCACUACAUUCAGUGGGGAGAUGCACUUUUAUGAACUGGUAGAAGAUACUAAAGAUGGGAUAUGGUUGGUCCAAGUAAUCGCUCAAGGCAGGGAUCCACUCUUGAGCAAAGCCAAUUGGGGUAAAAUGAUUCAGAAAGUGUCCCAAUUUGGAAUUCGCACUGGCACUUUCAACUGCUCAAGUGACUCAAGAUACUGCCGUAAGCGUGGCUGGAUGAAGUCCACACUAAUCAUGUCUGUGCCACAGACGUCGGCCUCUAAGGGCAAGGUCAUGCUGAAGGAGUACAACGGCCGGCGCAUCGAGACCGAGCACAUCUUCAAGUGGAUGACGGCACACGUGGCCUCGCGCAUCAAAACCAUCCACGUCUCGCGGCAGCUGGAGGACGACUGGUACCAGCGGGACAAGCACGCGGUCAAGAUGUUCCUCUUCGCCAAGCUCGACCAGCCGCCGGCCUUCUUCUCGGCGCUCAGCGUCAAGUUCACGGGCCGCAUCGAGUUCAUCUUCGUCGACGUGCGCCACUGGGACAACGCCAGCUGCCUGGAGGAGAUCGGCGUGACGCAGACGCCCUCCUACGUCCUCAAAACACCCGAGGGCAUCUACAGGUACGGCAACAGCACCGGGGAGUUCAUGUCUCUGCACGCCAUGGACACCUUCCUGCGCUCGGUGCAGCCCGAGGUCAACGACCUCUUUGUCCUCAGCCUGGUCAUGGUCAACCUCAUGGCCUGGAUGGACCUUUUCGUCACGCAAGGAGCAACCAUCAAGCGCUUUGUGGUGCUCAUUAGCACUUUAGGGACGUACAACUCGCUGCUCAUCAUCUCCUGGCUGCCCAUCCUGGGCUUCCUGCAGCUGCCGUACCUGGAGAGCUUCUACGAGUAUAGCCUGAAGCUGCUGCGCUACGCGGACACCACCGCCAUUGCCUCCUGGGUGAGGGCGGACUGGACCUUCUACUCCUCGCACCCGGCGCUCUUCCUCAGCACUUACCUGGCGCACGGGCUCCUCAUCGACUACUUUGAGAAGAAGCGCCGGUGCGGCCGCGAAGACCAGAACGCCAACAACCUGGAGUGGCUGACCAGUCUGUGGGACUGGUACACCAGCUACCUGGUGCACCCCAUUGCCUCCUUCCAGACGUUUCCCAACGAGUCCGACUGGGAGGACGACCCCAACUUCAUCCUGGAGAGGCUAGCUUUUCCUGACCUCUGGCUGCGUCCCCUCGUCCCCAUCGACUACAUCAAACACCUGCCCACCUGGGGUUUCAAGAGCUCACAGGUCAGCACUACAGAUGACAACGCGGACUCAAAAAGGGAAAGGGUACAAACGAGUGGGUUUAACGGAGACCCAGGUGAACACUGCAGUGAUGUGGACAGUCCAUGUGCAAGUGGCAGCUGUAGGAAGACGGACGAGUCGUGGUCUGGAGGAGAGGCUCAGGACGACGGUUCUCUCCCCUGGCCUGACGACAUGCUCCCCUGCACCGAGUGCGUCGUGUGUCUGGAAAACUUCGAAGUCGACUGCCUCGUCAUGGGGCUGCCAUGUGGUCACGUUUUCCACCAGCAGUGCAUUGUGGUCUGGCUUGCGGGAGGAAGGCACUGUUGUCCAGUCUGCAGAUGGCCGUCAUACAAGAAGAAGCCGCUGAGACCGGCCCAUGGAGCGGACUCGCAAGAACAAGAGUAACAGUCACGUCCCUUCUCCCAUCACCUGCUCCCCUCACCUAACUUAUAUAAGUACUUGAUGUGUCCAUUGUUAGUCUCUACUUUUUUGUUAUUGUUUGUUUUCUCUUAUGUUUCCAUUGGCUUGAGCCUACACGCAUUUAGGGGUAUAUGAGUUGCAAUGGGUAAUAUAAUCCUCACAUCAUUAUUAGCAUUGGUAAUUGUCAAAAAAAAAAUAACAGUGGAAUAGGAUUUCUUAACCAUAUUGAGAUCUGAUUUGCCUUGUUCGUAAUAGAUAAUAGAUUUGAUCUGCAUUGCAGCUUUAAACGUAAAAAAUGUCAACAUGUGAAUGCCUCUUUGCAAUGGCUUGCUUCAUUAUUGACAUGAAGCAAGCUUCUUUACAAUUACAUGAUCCUCCUCCCACUUCUCAUAUGACUCAAAAAUGCAGGUGAAGGUUUCACAAAAGUCCACUUAUAUGCUCCAUUGAUGAGCAGAUUUAAUGUUUAAAAAGUGUGUUUAAAAAGUUUGUCAAAUGAUGUAAUUGUUACAAUUUGGAAUCAAGUUACUUGAUAGAGGUUUAUAUUCCUGACUGACAUCUUGAAGGGUGAGUAGUUGGUCAGUUUAUAAUGGAAAUGAAAAAAAGAUAUAUACAAACAGAUAUUUAUCUCCAGGCAUGUUGUUUUAAUAUUUAUUGAAAAAGCAAAAACUCUAAAGCAACAACUGCAAUUUGGACAUCAUAUCUUAAGAUGAUUUUAAAAAGCUUGCACAAGUCAAGACCAAAUUACAGAAUAAUAAGCUAGCCUGUGAUGUUAAUGCUUUCUUGGUAGGAGUACGAAUUAAUGGAGAGUUUGGAUUGGAUUAACCCUGAUAAAACUGGGUCCUGCUCACUUCCGAUGUAAUCUGAAUCAGAAUAGAUUAUGAAGAGAGAACUGUAAUGUUCAUUGAAAUAAAGUUUAUUUUCACCUGGAUUUUAUGGAAAUGUUCCCAAAUAAAUUACUGUGCCUGUAACUUUUAGUAUUGUGUUGUUGCAGCUGUCAC